CUUUCCAAUAAAUUGUGUAAUAAAUGUUAUUUCUAAAAUAAUGUUUAAAAUUUGUAUCUUUAUAUUAACCAAAUCAAACACAUGUGGCGAGAUAAAAAUAGUUUUAUGAUAUCAGCCAAAAUAAAAGAUAGCACAUUUAAUCUGAAUGUUAGAUAGUUUUAUAUAAAUUGGUUUCCGCCAGUAGAGGCGCUCUAACAACCGAAGCAAUGACACACAUCCGAGUCUAGGAGAAGAAGAGAAGUGAGUGAGGGGAGGGAAGGGAACAUAAACAUGAGAAGUGAAACACAGCCGUUCAUUCUGCUCUAAAUCUGCUGUUAUCAGACUGAGAAGAAGAAGCAAGCAGGAGGAAUUACUCCAGGAGAAACUACGAACAUACUAUUGUAAAGAUGGAGAUUAAGGAAGAACCCUGCAGAAUAAAAGAGGAAGAUAUUGAGGAACAAAUAGGAGAAGAAGAAGCAAGCAGGGGGAAUUACUCCAGGAGAAAAUACAGACAUACUAUUGUAAAGAUGGAGAUUAAGGAAGAACCCUGCAGAAUAAAAGAUGAAGAUACAGAGGAACAAAUAGGAGAAGAAGAAGCAAGCAGGAGGAAUUACUCCAGGAGAAACUACAGACAUACUAUUGUAAAGAUGGAGAUUAAGGAAGAACCCUGCAGAAUAAAAGAUGAAGAUACAGAGGAACAAAUAGGAGAAGAAGAAGCAAGCAGGUGCAACUACAGACAUACUAUUGUAAAGAUGGAGAUUAAGGAAGAACCCUGCAGAAUAAAAGUUGAAGAUACAGAGGAACAAAUAGGAGAAGAAGAAGCAAGCAGGUGCAACUACGAACAUACUAUUGGUAAGAUGGAGAUUAAGGAAGAACCCUGCAGAAUAAAAGAUGAAGAGACAGAGGAACAAAUAGGAGAAGAAGCAAGCAGGAGGAAUUAUUCCAGGAGAAACUACGGACAUACUAUUGUAAAGAUGGAGAUUAAGGAAGAACCCUGCAGAAUAAAAGAUGAAGAUACAGAGGAACAGAUAGAACCAAUGGAAAUGAACGAAGACAAACAUCAGUUUCAAAAACCUCAGCAUUUCAAAAAUGAAGAUGGAAACGCAGUCUUUCAACUGACCGAAAAGUAUUUCACUCAAAAACGAGCUCGAAAAACUGGAUCUUUUACCUGCUCUGAGUGUGGAAAGACUUGCACACAAAAAUCAGGCCUUGAGAAACACAUGAGAAUUCACACUGGAGAAAAACCGUUUACAUGCACUCAUUGUGGAAAGAGUUUCACUCAGAACAGUAAUUUCAGAGAUCAUCUGCGCCGUCACUCUGUAGUGAGAUCAUUCAGCUGUGAUCAGUGUGAUAAAACAUUUGUUGUGGAAUCAAACUUAAAAAAACACCUUAUAGUUCAUACUGGUGUGAGGCCUCACUUUUGUUCUUUUUGUGGAAAGAGUUUUUCACGACUACAACCUUUAAAAGAGCACGAGCGUAUUCAUACUGGUGUGAGACCUUAUGUGUGCUUUGACUGUGGGAAGAGCUUCACUACAUCCACCCACUUAAAAAAACACCAGAGAGUUCAUACUGGGCAGACACCAAAAACAAGUGUUCACACUGUGGAAGAAGAUUCACCGAAUCAUCUAGUCUAUGAUGUCAUGAGAGGAAGCUUUGCCUGAAGUCGUCUCAUCUAAGUGAACUAAGUUCACUUCACGUCCAUGAUUUAAAAAUAUUGUACUUACAAAUAAAUUGACAUUCAGAUUGAUUUAAUAGCGUGAUUAAAUCUACAGGUUAAAUUAGUAGUGAAGUGUGAAUCUGGUGAUAGUUUGAUUAAGAAUUGGGCUUCUCUUUUCCCAACCGCUGUAACAUGAUUUAUGAUAAGAUUCAACUUUCCAACAGUUGUUUUGCAUUAAAAGAUUUCUAAUGUUUUUCUGGUGAACUGGUGAGAUUCAAUUUUUUUCUUCUGUUUUAGAUUUAACGUUGUCCUAUAAUGUCCCUUUUUAUCAAAUGUAAAAUCUGAUAUCAGAUUGUGUAUGUGAAGUUGUAGCACAGAUCCUUUUUUAUAGCAUGUUAGAAUUGUCACUUUAUGAGUGUGCGAAAAAAGCCCUUUUUUGUGUGUCCUCUUAAAUGCAAAUGAGCUGCUGCUCCCGCCCACUUUCAAUUAUAAGGACGGGCUUCAAGAGCUCAUGUGUUAACAGCCUCUUAUGAAUAAAACGGAGUCUCACAAUGAUGGAGAGACUCAAGAAAAAGUGACAUGUAGAAUGCAACUGAACAUUAGUUGAUGAAUUUAUGUAGCUGAUGUGGAGUAAACUAUCUUCAAGUGAUUGGUAAGCAGAUUUUGUCAUGUUAUUGUAUAAUUCGCUCUUGUGGGAGCUGUUGUAAGAUGCCUAUGAGCCUGAGAAUAUAUGCUGCAUGAAGAUAGAACAGGUUUAGUUAUGGUUGUAACUUGAGUUGUCAUUGCUUUUAUGACAUGCUUUUGCUAAGAAACAAACCUUGUAUUAUUUUGCAUGUUAUCACUGUGAAGCUGCUUUUAUACAAUCUGUAUUGUAAAAUGUGUUUUAUAAAGAAAGAUGACUUGACUAUUGUAUUUGCGUGACAUAUAGUAUUGCAAUAAAUGUGAAAAGCAGGGU